UUCCUUAAAGGAGGAUGGUACUGUUUUGACAGACCGAGUUGUCAGCUAAGAUGGGAAAGUAAGCAUAUGAGAUCACUGAUGAGUUCUGUGGACUGGCCAGAAAUCAGGGCAGGUACUGGCAUCCUUUCCUGGGACCCGAAAGAAAAUCCUUACUACUUUAACGCCAAUAUUGUUGUGGUUCCCUACUGCUCCAGUGAUUCAUGGACAGGCACUUCCAGGAGUUCGGAGGGCUACGCAUUUCUUGGGUCAUACAUCGUAGAAGCUGUGAUUCGGGAACUGAUUCCGAAGGGGCUUCAACGGGCCCGGAAGUUGAUGCUCGCGGGGAGCAGUGCUGGUGGAACUGGUGUUCUGACCAAUCUUGACCGAGUAGCUGACCUCAUGUCCAAGCUAGCCCCGACAGUGGAGGUACGGGGGAUUGCCGAUUCGGGAUGGUUUGUGGACACCCCGCAAUACCACGCAAGAGAGUGUACAGAACCGUUCUCGUGUGCUCCCGCCGACGGCGUCAAACGGGGUAUCAAUUUGUGGAAAGGUCAGGUUCCCGACGCCUGUAAAGCACAAUACCCGGAGUCAGAGCACUGGAAAUGUUACUUCGGCUAUAGGAUAUAUCCAACAUUGAAAACUCCGAUAUUCAUCGUUCAGUACUUGUUCGACGAGGCUCAGAUUACGGUCAAUAAUCUCAUUGACCAAUCACAGCUUGCCAUGAAUCGGGGCAACACGGUCUUCUCCAGGGGCCAAUGGGAGUACCUGCAUAAUCUCGGGGAACAUGUCAAAAGCACUCUACAAAAUGUCACGGCUGUAUUUGCACCAGCCUGUCUCUCUCACGAGUUACUACAAAAAAGUACCUGGCAGUCAGUAUCAGUAGAAGGAGUUAAUCUCGCCCAGUCCAUUUACUGCUGGGAGAACAGCUUCGACGGUGAGAAAUGUCUCUCCGCUACCAGAAACAACAGAAUACGCCAGCGUGCACUGACUGACCCGCUCCUUAAGGACGAACCAGCAGCCACAAACAGUGUCAGCAAAAAGAGGAAGCAACGACGACGUGAAAAGAAACGACGUAAUCGUAAAAGAAAGAACAGGAAAAGGAAAAACAAGAAAAGGAGAAGACGACAGAAGAAGAAAAGGAACAAGAAAAAUAAUAAAAAGGAUCGCGGCAGACGUCGGUCAGGACGUUCAGCGAAACAGAUGGCCAACUGUAGUCAUCAUCUCAUAGAGUUAUGUCCCCUACCUCAGUGGUGCAAUGGUUUUUGCCCAGCAUUCCGGAAUCGUUUUACCGGGGAAGAGAUGGACUUCUUUAAACUGUUUGCCGUUUCCGGUAUCGAUCGGGCUAGUAUUGCAGAAAUUCUGGGCGUCGAUCAACCGUCGCUUAAUUCAAUGAACAUUGAUACUAUAUCGGAAUUAUUGCUCGAUACAUUUCGACAUCGAGGUUCCUAG